GUCUAAAGAAACAGGCCCCCUCACCCAUUUUAAUACUACAUUCAUAUUUUCUGUAAAUGCAGAAACCACGUACCCAUGUCUAUGUUACUAAUUACUGAAAUUAUUCAACAUGAACAGGAGGAAGAUUUGCAGUCACAGCAGCACUUGUACAGAGAGGCAUUUACAUAUAUUUUUGGAAGCCUGCAAGGAUACAUAAACCUUUCCUCUAAGAACUUCACUUGUUAUAUACACUAAUCAGCCACAUUAGAACCACCUCCCUAAUAUUGUGUAGGUCCUCUUUCAGCGCUUCUCACAUCCACUUGAAUGCAAGACCUGAGGUUUCCCAGCAGAAUAUUCCCAAGAGCAUCCCGCUGCCUUCACCAGUCUGCCAUCUUCUCUCCAUCUUGAGACCAGGUCACCUUCUUCCAUUACUUUAUAGUGCAGUUCUGAAGAACUGACAUACUGUUUCACAGAUCCACCCCUAAACAGGUGUCAUUGUAACAAGAUAAUCAAUCUUAUUCACAUGUCAGUGGUUUUUAAUGUUGUGGUAAAUCAGUGUACCAUUGUUGUUCACCAUUAUUACUGGUGUUUUCAAAGAACACUUAGCAACCCGGUAAAUCUGUGGAGCUUUCUACAUGUCUGUCAAUCCGGUGAUGUUAAAUGUUAGUUAAGUGCAGCCUUCUGUUGGGCACAUAUAAGAACUUCCUAUCAUCAUGAUAGUGUAGAAAAGUCAAAAUUUCCAUAAAAAAUUAAAGGAGGGUAGCAUGUUUUUUUUAAAGGUGUAUCCAAUCCAACAUUCUCUUUGUCAAAUUUAGUGAAUGUCUGCUGGCAGCCCACUAGCUUUCUGUUCUGUGUGCAUCGAAAAGCUCAUUUUGCUAUGGAAAUGGGAAACAAACCACUCCUAGUCAUCCAUGCAAUAUUGUCUCAUGCACAUGAUAGUGGGAAAGGUAGCAGCCACAGUGAAAUGGAAGGUAAAUCUGGCUCAUGCUGUCUAAAUAUGUUAACUUGCCAAAUACCAGCAGUCUUGCAUCAGAAUCACACUCUCAACCUUUAAAUUGUUUAUUGAUACAUUGCAUGGAUGUUCACGGCAGCCGCCCCUCUAUGCAUCUGUCCUCCACCUAGCUGACACUGAGUGAGAGGUGGGCUGCACCCUGGACAGAUUCGUCAAUUAACCUACCAUGCAUACCUUUGGACUGUGGCAUGAAGCUGGAGCACCUGAAGAAAAGCUCUCUAAGGAACAAGGAGAACAUGCAAACUUUGCAGCGAAAGACGGCAGUCGACCAACAGACGGUGUUGCAACAAACCUCAGCUGUACAACGAGGACGUACAUCUAACUCCCAGAGCAGCCCAGGACAGUACCUGACCAACGGUACCGACCUGUACAACAGCCAGCCCUACCUGUCCGGCUUCAUCUCCCUGCUGCUGCGUGCCGAGCCCUACCCAACGUCUCGCUACGGGGCUCAGUGCAUGCAAGGAAACAACCUUAUGGGCAUCGAGAACAUCUGCGAGCUGGCGGCCAGGCUGCUGUUCAGUGCUGUUGAGUGGGCCAAGAACAUCCCCUUCUUCCCCGAUCUGCAGCUCAUGGAUCAGGUGGCGCUGCUCCGCAUGUCAUGGAGCGAGCUGUUCGUCCUCAACGCUGCCCAGUGCUCCAUGCCGCUUCACGUGGCCCCUCUGUUGGCGGCGGCCGGCCUGCACGCCUCACCCAUGUCAGCAGAGCGUGUGGUAGCCUUCAUGGACCACAUCCGGGUCUUCCAAGAGCAGGUGGAGAAGCUGAAGGCCCUGCAGGUAGACACGGCUGAAUAUUCCUGCCUCAAGUCCAUCGUGCUCUUCACAUCAGAUGCUAUGGGUUUGUCAGAUGUUGCCCAUGUGGAGAGCAUCCAGGAGAAGUCCCAGUGCGCCCUGGAGGAGUACGUCAGGAACCAGUAUCCCAGCCAGCCGAACCGCUUCGGACGCCUCCUCCUCCGCCUGCCCUCGCUGCGCAUCGUCUCCUCCCCGGUCAUCGAGCAGCUGUUUUUCGUGCGCCUGGUGGGCAAGACGCCCAUCGAGACGCUGCUCCGCGACAUGCUGCUCUCAGGCUCCAGCUACAACUGGCCCUACAUGCCCACCGUGCAGCGCGAGCGGCCCCUCUCCCUCCACUACAACGAGAACGGACCCUGAGCUGGAGACACUGAUGAAGGAGAAGCUGUGGAGGGGGGCGGGGGAACAGUUCAGGUUGACCUGAGUACUCAUCCAUCCAUCCUUCCUUCCCUUUAUUGUUCUCAGCUUUCCCAGUGGAGGCGUCUCCCUCACCAUUCCGCCCUAAAGACUGACAGCACGAUAAGUCCCGGUUAAACACGGCAGCCAGUCGCACACCAUUGCCGAUGCAGAAAGUUGGCGGCCCAUCAGCUAACGGCACGGUCUGCGUUUGAGAUGUGGAAUGAGAUGGGCAGGUUGGUAGAAUGGGUGAUUGCGCAGUUCACCAGCAGGUCUGUUGGACUCACUUCAGAUGUCAAUCUCAAAAAAACCCAAUGCAAACAGUCGCAGCAAACAAAAUUACUUCUUGGUGCUACGCCGACACUCACACAGGCUGCGUACAAGCAAUGGCGAAUACUGAGCAAGGGCUUUGUUGUGGGACUCUACAGCCGAGAGCACAAGGCCCUUUGUAUAUUUACCAGUUUUUGAGAAGCAAACCAGAAGCCAUUAAAAAAAAAAGACAAAUGCCAAAAUGUCUUGAACUUUUGCAGAGGACAUGUUUUAUUGUGUGUGUUUGUAUUAGCACUGUUUAUAUGGAGAGAAAACUCAUGAUUGUGUCCAUAUGUACAGUAUAUCAUGGAUUCAUAGGCAUCUAAGGCAUAUUAGGGUUUAUUGGGGAAAAAGCUCAGGUUCAGAGGGUGGGACAGACUGACAGACAGACAGACAGACAGACAGACAUGCCAAUACUAGAACAAAAUGAAAGGCUCAGCAGAUUUUACACUUAUCAGCAUUCUGUGCCAAAGCUGAAAGACGCAUAUUGUUUGGAAUAUUUUUGUGGUAGUGUUGGUGAUGAAAAAAAAUCAACGCUUGGUUUGUCUGUAGUUGUUUUGGGGUCUCAGGGGGAGAAAAAUACAAAUAAAAGCUUAGGCACUUGCAUUGUAAAAUAGUCAGAACCUACACUUACUCACACGUGUAAAAUCACAGCACUGGUAGAUUUGCUCUACUCUUCCCCCCAAUGGAUGGACCUGCAUUUUUACUGAUUCAAAAAGCUCAUUAUAACUCCCUCCAUGAUCUUAUCACCAGAGUGACACAGGUCAUCCUCGUUAUUGUUUUUUUUUUUUUGUUUGUUUGUUUUUUUUCUAAUGAUUGUCAAUAUUGAACCUUUUAGACUUGGGGAGGGAGGGAAGGGAGGGAGGGGCAUUUUACAAAAAUAGCUGUACUUGCCUUAGAACAAAGAUUUUGUCACUGAGCAUUUAUCUUAUGACUGUGCCAUAAUCUCUCGUUACCUGUUAUAACAGGUAUUAUGUCCUGUCAGGAGUGGAACUGAGCUCACGUGAUGUAAGUCACUGAAAAGUGAUGCAAAUUGCAGACAUUUUAAUGCAAUCAAUAGACGACUUGCAAGAAGAGACAUUUCUGCUCUAACAUCAUCAGCACUUCCAGUUUUGAAACCUCACGCGAGCUCUUUUCCAAUUCCUGGUGAUAUUGUCGUGUAGGGAAAACCCCCUCAACUCAUGUCAUUUGAGCUUAUCGUACCGGUACCAUAGAAUAAUGUAUCACUAACCUCUGAAAACCUCAGUCUAUGUUACAAUAUUAUCCCCGUUGGACUUAUGACUGUGACUUAGCUUAGGACUAUUUUAAGUUGUUUUUUUUUUUUUCUUCCCCUCUGUGGAAGCGAGUUUGUUUGUCUCACAUUUCCAACAUGGCAUCAAGUAUCAAGUAUUGGUAUUGGAAAAGCCACCUGGGACCUUAGAAAGCUGUCUGUUGGUAAAUAAAUUCACAGAAAGUUUCUAUGAGUUUGUUUUUAUCCCCUCUACUUUUUGUUUGGAAAUAUGGAUUAUCCAAGAAUUAAAAUAAAAUUCUUUUGUUCACACUAA